AUGCAUCGGAUCCUAAAAGGCGAUCAAAACCUCGAACUCAUACGCUUGCAUGAACAACACGGCCACUUCGUUCGUAUAUCAUACGACGAAGUGAGCGUUAGCCAUCCAGAUGCAAUUGCAAAGAUCCUCGUAGCCCCUCUACAUAAGGCAAACUGGUACAAGAUCCACGCUUUACCAGACUACCGCUUCCAAUCACCCAUGAGCACCACCGACCCCAAGCAAAAGAUCGAAAAGUCAAAAUACAUAGCAGCGGCAUAUACCGUCUCCAACCUCCUCCGAUCCGAAGAGCACAUUGACCGCACCUUCGAAUCAUUCUUCGACUGGAUGGACGAGUACGCAUCCGCGAAGAAACCAAUGCAUCUCAACAUCUACAUAUCCUACCUAACCUUCGACGUAAUCGGCGAAAUCGUCUUCUCCAAACCCUUCGGCUUCCUCGCCCAAGGCAAAGACAUUGGUAACUCCAUCUCAAACUCCCUCGCUCUGAACGCGUAUAUCGCCGUAGCGGGCUACUUCCGCUGGAUCAACAUCGCCCUGCUAGCCAAUCCCAUCAUGACGUGGCUGUCCAUCUUACCAAUGGGUCACCUAUUCGAUACUGUUACGUCUGUGUUGGCGGAUCGAGAGAAGAAUGAGAAUGUAAGGUAUGAUGCUGUUCAGUAUUGGUUCAAGCAGCAUGAGAAGCAUCCGGAUAAGUUUACUAAACGCGAGAUUGGUACACAGGCGCUUGCGGCUGUGGGUGCGGGGUCGGACACAGUGGCUGCCGGGAUACAGUCUUUUGUUUAUCAUAUGAUUCGGCAUGAGAAUGCGUGGGAGCGAGCGCAUGAGGAGGUUGUGAAAGCAGUAGAAAAGGGAUUGUGUGGGGAUCGGGUGGUGUCUUAUGCUGAUGCACAGCAACUUAGUUUCGUGCAAGCCUGCGUAAAAGAAGCGCUUCGUAUCUUCGGUCCAGUGCCCAUGGGCCUUCCGCGUAUAGCGCCCAAAGGAGGAUUGGUAAUUGGAGAUCGCAAGAUACCUGAGGGUACUAUCGUUUCGAUCAACCCAUGGGUGGUGCAUUACUCAAAGGAGAUAUGGGGUGCUGAUGCGCGCGUCUUCAAUCCAGAUCGAUGGUUGAGAGCAGACAGCGCUGCCGUAAAGAAGCAUUGGAUACCUUUUGGUGCAGGUUAUGGAGGCUGCCCAGGUCAAAACAUCGCUAAGAUUGAACUCGCGAAGAUCGCAGCAACGUUGGUUAGGGACUACAAGAUCAAGCAGUUGGACCCCGCACAAGACUGGCAGUGGAAGGCCUACUUCACGGUUGUUCCGCAUUCAUGGCCCGUAUACGUCGAGAAGAGGGUAUGA